AUGUUUCAAGACUUUGAAACUUUCUGCCAGCUCCCUUUACACUAUAUUAUCGUGGGAGGCGGCACUGCAGGGUUAGCAGUCGCAGCCCGUCUCAGUGAAGACCCUGAAGUAAACGUGGGGGUGAUCGAAGCUGGUCCUUCAGCGCUAAACGGGGAAGAUGGCGGUGCGAUUACAGUGCCAGGUCGCUAUGGCGAGACUAUCGGAUCCAAGUAUGACUGGCAGUUUGAAACCACUCCUCAGCCAGGUAUUGGAGGGCGAUCGCUCAAGUGGCCUCGAGGACGAGUACUGGGUGGUACCAGUGCACUGAAUUUCAUGGCUUGGAAUCGUGGCCAUCGCGAAGACUAUGAUGCGUGGGCCCGGCUAGGCAACAAAGGCUGGGGAUGGGAUGAUUUACUUCCGUAUUUUCGACGAAGCGAGACCUUCCAUCAACCCAGCGCUGCACAUCAACAGUAUUAUCACUCUUCUUAUGACGAUGAAUUCAAUGGGACCAGUGGGCCUCUUCAUACCACGCAUAUUAAACAGUACGGACCAGCACAUCAGUACUGGCAUACCGCUCUUAAUGAAUUGGGGGCGGCUUCUAGUCCCGAUUCCCUCGCUGGCUCAAAUUGCGGAGUCUGGAACAUGGUGUGCACGAUAAACCCUCAUCGACAGGAGCGAAGUUACUCUGCAUCAGCUUACUAUGCGCCGGUCGCAGGGAGGAGGAACUUACAUGUCCUGACCAAUGCGACCGUGCUGAAUGUGCUGAUAGAAAUGACCAAUGGCGAGUGGAAUGCGACUGGCGUGAGAGUGCGAUAUGGCGACGAGGAGAAGGACAUCAAGACUAUCCGCGAGGUGAUCUUAUCCGCAGGUAGUAUACAGUCGCCGCAACUAUUAGAGCUCUCGGGCAUUGGUCAAAGAAAGGUGCUCGAAGCGGCUGGAAUCGAUGUAAAGAUCGAUAACUCGAACAUUGGAGAGAACCUGCAGGAUCAUAUGAUGACUGCAACUAUUUUUGAAGUUUCACCAACCCUCUCAUCUCGCGACGACAUUCUCAACGACACUAUCUUGCGUGAGGCCGCCGACCGAGCAUACUACGCUUCACAAACUGGGCCAUGGACUGUGUUACCCUGUUCUGUUGCUUAUUGUCCUCUAGCUCAAGUGGCAUCUUCGACCGAACAGGCCCAGCUACAGAUAACGGCGCAGAAUAUUGCCCAAGAGACGGGACGGUUACAGGACGAGCUUCUCGGUGAACAGUUCGAUUCAACGAAGAAAGUGCGAGGCCAACUAGAGUACAUCUUUGAUCUGGGUAACUGGAGCACAUAUUUCAAGUCAGAACCGGGAAAGAAAUACGGAACUCUACUGCAGAUGCUCCAGUAUCCGUUCUCUCGAGGCUCUAUUCACAUACCUGCUCAGCAGGACCCGUCACGCAAAAGUUCAGUUGAUGAUAAACCUAUCAUUGAUCCACGGUACUAUCAAGGACCUGGAGAGAUUGACCGGGAUGUUAUGGCCCUAGGUCAACGAAUGGCCAAAAGAAUAUCUCAGACAGAGCCUCUCGCGAAAAUUAUACAGAAGCGGGUCUUUCCUCCUCUGCCUGAAGAUUUGGCUUCUGAACAGAGUGUCUACGAGGACUUUGUUUCAAAUUAUACAGUUACAGAUUGGCACCCGGUUGGUACCUGUGCGAUGGGAGGACGUGAAGGAGCAAAGGCUGGGGUCGUCGAUGACCGCCUACGAGUGUACGGGGUACGAGGCUUGCGUGUUAUAGACGCUAGUAUCAUGCCUCUACAGGUUGGCGCACACAUUCAGGCAACUGUGUAUGCUAUUGCAGAGAAGGGAGCCGCCAUGAUUCGAGAAGACUGGUCUUGA